AUGGCAAGCCUUACGACCGUCACAGCAGAAGCAGCAGCAGCAGCGCGCGGCGGCCCCGAUAACUCCCUCUUCCGCUACCGCGGCGUGCGGCAGCGCACGUGGGGGAAGUGGGUGGCGGAGAUCCGCGAACCGCGGCGCAAGGUGCGCUUGUGGCUCGGCUCCUUCGUCUCCGCGGAGCAAGCCGCGCGGGCGUACGACCGCGCGGCGCGGAAGCUGUACGGCGCGGACGCCGUGCUCAACUUCCCCCCCGCGCCUGCCGCAGCGCCUGCGCCGAACGGGGGAUCAUGUUCCCCCUCCGCCAGCGCCAAGAAACUCAAAUCGUCCGUCCCGAGCGCCGCCGCGAGUGGCGGAAGUCGAGUCGGCCCCGUCGCGGCCUCCCCCCAUUCCCCGUCCCCCUUCAGCCUGCUACCAGCUCUCCAGUCGCUUACGGCGAAGCUUCCUGGAACGAUCUCGGCAACUUCUGCUUGGUCAAGUCAGAGGACGCAAGUAGGCGAGGUGGUAGGAGCGAUGCAGACACUACCGCCAUUCAGUCUGCCUGCUUCUGCUCCGUUGGGAACGCCCCUGUGGCAUCAGCCGCCUGCCGUCCCUGCUGCUCCAGAACCUAUGCAGCCGUCUGCAGCGAACUCAUCAGCACCGCACUCGACUGCAUCGCACCUGUCCACACCACAAUCGUCAGCACCGUACCCACCAGCAAGCUCGCUCCCAGCACCGCGUAGCCCCCAGCAUAUUCUCCUGGAGCAUUACAUAAAGCUCUCCAAGUGCCACGUGGCAAUGGAGGGCUGUGACUCUGCAGCCGCCCCUGCCACGUCACCUGGCUCGGUCCAGGUGAAAUCAGAAGAGGGAUCAGGCAUAUCAGUGGCACCUGCGGGAGAGUCUCUGGGCGUUCAGGGGGAAGGGAUCGAGGCAGCAUUGGAGGAGAUGCAUGGGGUGAGUGAGAAGAGCUGCUUGGGUCCAGGAAAACGGGGGCGAUGCGAGGAGGACUGCGGUGGAGAUGGGUCCGGUGCUUUGCAGGGUGAUGUGGAUGAUGGUUCUACCAUGAAACGCAUGUGCCUGCGGGGCAAUGGAAGCGAGGCGAAAGAGAGUGAGGUUUCGGAAGGGAUGGACUGCAGCGACAGCAGCGGCAGCAGCAGCAUAGUUGUUGAAGAGGGUGAGAAUGCUGGAGAGAUGAGCCCCGGUAGCAAUAGCUCUUGGGGAGAGUGUGGGGCUGAGCUAGUCUCCCUGGGGUCUGAUGCGGCGGAUUUUCAGCUCGAGGGAGACGUUUGGGGAUUGGAGGGGUUGGAAUCGCUGCUCCCCGGACUUAACGAUUUGUUUCCGGUCAGACCGUCGGCGACGGACGACGAGGAGAGCAUUCUUUUCUGGCCCGGGCAGCGCGUGCGCGCGAGUUACGCGAGCAUCUUCCGCCGCGGCCAAUGGCUGAAGGGCACGUGGAAGCAGUCGCGCAUGGAGGCCACGGUGGCAGUCGUCGAACCCGGAACGGCCCUCGUUCAGUGGAUCACGGGGAAACAGCUCAGCAGCGGCGCCGGCGGAAGCGGCGGCGGCGACGGCGGAAGCGGUGGCGGGGACGGGGCCAGCAGGGACAGCGGCGGGGAUAGCGGCGUGGUUGAGGGGGAAGAGACCGGCGGGGAUGGGGAACCGGGGAGCAACGGCAACGGAAGAAACGGCAAGAAGGGAAGCGCGGCUAAAGGGGAAAAGGCUACGGGCGCGGGGGGCGCGGGCGGGGCGAAAGGGCCUCCGCCGGACGAGGGCGUGGAGCGGGCGCCAAUGGUGGUGCGCACGUGCACCCACGUGGCUGUCACGUGGCAGGACGGGCGCGAGGAGAGGGGCAUUGACGCGUGGCCGUGGGGGCGAGUGGGGUACGUGAGAACAGUGGAUUACAAGCAGCGCACUGCCAUCGUGGCCUGGGCUAGGGCUAACGGGGGACGCAGGGCGGGAGAUUUGGGUGAAAAUGGGAAGGAUGGGGAUGGAGGGGCGGGGAGAAGGGAGGGUGGGGGUGCGGCGGGGUGGGGUGGGGUGGUGGAGUUUCAGGAGGAGUUGGCUGCGGUGUACGAGUUGGCGGAGCAUCCAGACUGGAAUUUUAGGCUUGGGGACGUUGUUGUUAGGCUGGAGGCAGAGGGAGGAGGGGAGACAGGGAGGGAGGCAGGGGAAAAGGCAGGGGAGGAGGCAGGGAAGGAGAAGGGAGAGGAGAAGGAAGGAGCAGGAGAGGAAAGGGUGGAUGAUAAGGGAGGGGACGGUGGGAAAAGGGAGGGAGGAAAGGAGGGGAGUGAAGUGAGGGAGGAUGAUGAGGCUGAGAAAGAAGAGGAGAAAGAGGAGCAGGAGGGGGAGGAGAAGGAGGAAGAGGAAGAGGAGGAAGAAGAGGAGGAAGGGGAAGAGGAGGAGGGAGCAGAUGAUUGGGAGGAGGCGGAGGAGGGAGAGGAGGGGGAUGGUGGGGAUGCGUGUGAAGGGGGCGUGGAUGCAUCAUGGGUGGGCGAGGUCACUGCCAUGCGCCAUGGGCUGCUCACUGUCGCAUGGGCUGAUGGCUCCAUAUCUCAGAAGCGGCGGCAGGAGGGCGAGGGGCAGGAGGAGGAGGAGGAGGAGGAGGAGGAGGAGGAGGAGGAGGAGGAGGAGGAGGAGGAGGAGGAGGAGGAGGAGGAGGAGGAGGAGGAGGAGGAGGAGGAGGAGGAGGAGGAGGAGGAGGAGGAGCUGGGGCAGGGGCAGUAG